AAUAGAAAUAAAAAAUUAACUUUCAUGUAUCUUUUAAAUUUAAAUUAAAUUGAUUUUUUCUACUAUAGACAUUCUAAAAUCUUUCUAAAAUACUGGACCGGUAAAAAUAUCUCCAUCACUCCUUUUGUGCUAAAAGUAAAUAUUUAUGCAACUCUGGCUUGCAACCAGCGAGUGAGUCUAAGUUUGACAAUGAACCAAUCGUGUAAAAGCAGGAACCAAAACAAAACUGUGGAUAGGAAAAUGAUUAAUCCAACGACGAUAAUAAUUGAAGAUUUGUGUUCAUAUUUAUUAGAAAAGCCAAGUCUAUUUCCUGGAGUAGAUUUUCCAAAAACCUCAAUCAGUUUUAUUCGAGUACACAGAGAGAAGUUGAAAAUACAUGGCGAAUUCAGCUUUCCUGGUUGUCCGGACCUAUGGAGGAAAAGCUGUAAAGAAACCGGCCAUAAGCUGCGGGAAAUGGCAUUUGCAAUCUUCAAAGAAGAAAAAGAUAUAUCUAACACAGCGAAGAGGAAGUUUCUAGAAUCGGCCGCUUGUUGGAAAUUCCCAAUAGAACGGAUACGAAUUGAAAAUGAGCGUUGUUUUUUGUAUCUGCAUAGACAUAUAGUCAUGGGAGUGUUGCUCCAGGAGGUGUUAAAAAAAGAUACCAAUACGCGAGGAUUUGGCAAAUUAAAAAAGGAACCAAAUCUUCGAGUCUGGCUCAGUUGUACUAAACAAAACGAAAAGGAAGCCAGUGAACUGUCAUUUUACCGAGCCAAACUUGUGGAAGACAUUUUGGGCCGUGUUUUGGAAUACUCUAAGUGGACUGUGGUAACCGAGGAGGAGGUAAUCCAAGCCAAAAAAGGUAACGGGGCUAACGUUUUGCAAUUAGAUGUAACAAGUGUCGCUGGCAAACCUUCGUUAAAUUCACCGGUUAUUCCUCCUAGUAAGCUAAGCUACUCAACAAUUCGUUGUGGUCUAGUCAUAGAUCCGCUUACUGGAAAAUUAACAAAAUUGAAAACCAGUGAGUACCUCAGUUGCCGUUCUAAUGACAUGUGUUUAAUGGCUAUGCAUAAGUAUGGCGUACGAGUCAAAGAUGAUGCAAAGUUUAAUGCAUUGAUGAGUCGCUUAGGUUCAGCUGCCGUAACGGUUGAUUUAAUGGAAGUGCGUUUUUCAAGCCCAGUACAAAUAACUCGUAGUGGAAAAGGAAGCACUAAAGGCGCUGCUUUUAUUUUGUACAAUUCCGCUCGUCUUGAGUCAUUGCUGCGAAAAUUUGAUGAAAAGGUAGAAAAUGGUGCCUACGAAAAUUUACCGCCAUUGGAGAAUAUUAACUUCACUUUACUCGAUGAAGAAGAAGAAUGGCAACUAGUGUUCGGCUACAUAUUCGCAUUCCCGAAUCUUAUUGAAAGCUGCCUGGAACAGAUAGAGAAGGGUGUAUGUGCCGUCCACACAAUCGUGAGAUAUCUUGGAGAUUUAGCUUCACUCUUCAGUGUCUAUUAUCGACGCAUACGCAUUCUAACUCAAGAAACACGCGAACACUUAAUGCCAUGUGUCUAUGCACGCGUUUAUCUGGUGAAAGCGGUGCGUGAGAUUCUUAAUCAAACAUUAGCUCUGCUCGAUAUAGAGCCUGUUCAAUUCAUGUAAUCAGCCUUAACAACAACCAACAACAACCCUUGAAACUCCAG